AUGGCAUGGAAGGGGGUGGCUGCCACUGGCACAGGAUUGUGGAUCAUGCCAUUGGCGUUUGAAUCAGAGAUCAUGUUGUGGGGGCGGUCGAGGGCCGAUGACAUGGAUGCAGCCGAUCAAGCGACAAAUGUGCCAACGAAGCGGGAGUUUGGAAGGCCCAACCCUCCUGCUUCUGCAACCUCUGUGGGCCGUGGCUCGAGCUCGAGCGCCGGCCCCAGCAACAAGCUGACCCAGCGUCGUGCCGGCGGUGCCGCUGCUGCUCGCCCCAAGGCUGCUGGUGGCCGUGCCCGUGCUCCCACCAACGGUGCUGAUCACUGGUCCAUGUACACGGAGGACACGCCCGGCCUCAAGGUCGGCCCCGUGCCGGUGCUGGUCAUGAGCCUGGUCCUGAUUGCCUCGGUUUUCUUGCUCCACAUCUGGGGCAAGUUUGCCAGUUAAAUGUCUUCAUUGGAAGCUUUUGAUGAUGAGGCAUGCCAUGGCAAUGGCCAUGCUACGCCUCUAAACCCCUAUCAACGGCGGUUCACACGAGUCGAAUGUUUUUUGGUCCGUUGAUCGCUGUGAUGUUUUUGAUUUUCUUCUUUUUGCACCGACAUUGCUCCCUAUAAUGUUACGGCUGUCAGCUAUGCCAAGCAUUCUCCAGAUUCAAGGAGAUGGAUGCACACUUGUGCUCUUGGGCUGCUGCGACGGUCGUGGCUAUCGGGGUGGUGACUGUGGUGCUUUUUUUUUUUUUCUGUGCUGACUCCCAUCUCGUUCUACAUGGCGCCAUGCGCCUGGUGGUUGUGCACAGACCACUGUUGCUUCCAACGCGUGUCGCAUUGGGAGUACCAAAUCAUAAAAAAUAGCUUCUUCUCUGACUUGAGGCCAUUCGAAACAAAAACCCAGCAAUUGAGCGAUGAAAAGAG